CACGGCAAUAAAUAUGAAUUUUUUUUUAAAAUCACCAUUCCAACUUCCGAAAAUUAUUGACGAGGCGGGAAUGCUAUUAAUCGUUUGUUCAUCACUGUAUGAGUGAAAAAGACACCCAAUCGACAUGGAUAUGGAAUCCGAAAGAGAGAAAAUGCCUCUCAAUCCUCCAAAGAAAAAUCCACGGCAGAGCCACGCUCCUUCAAAUCCACGCUUUCAUGCUCCGAAACGCCCUCGAAACCAACCUUAACCUCCUCACAAAGCUCAUCGCCACCCUCUCUUCCUCUGACCCACAAUGCGGAAUCCACCACGCCCGCCGCCUGUUCGGUCAAAUCCGGCAUAAGUCCAACACUUUUCUAUGCAAUACUAUGAUGAAAGCCCACCUUAAUUCCGGACAAUUUUCUGAGGCUGGUGUUUUGUAUAAUGAAUUGAGGAGGAAAGAUAGUUUUGGGCCGGAUAAUUACACUUUUUCGACUCUGGCGAAAUGUUGCGGCUUGAGUUUUUCUGAAUUUGAAGGAACUGAAGUGCAUGCCCAUGUGUUGAAGUAUGGGUUUAAGUCGAAUUUGUAUGUGGCGACCGCGUUCGUCGAUAUGUAUGGGAAAUUGGGGAAAAUGGGUUUUGCGCGGAAAGUGUUUGAUGAAAUGAUUGAAAGGAGUCAGGUGUCGUGGACCGCGCUUAUUGGCGGGUACGUGAGAAAUGGAGAAAUGAGCGUGGCAAAAGAGUUGUUUGAUCUAAUGCUGGAGAGUGAGAAGGACACUGCUGCGUUUAAUGUUAUGAUCGAUGGUUAUGUCAAGGUAGGGGAUAUGGAGAAGGCCAAGAGGUUAUUCGAUGCUAUGCCCGAGAGAAAUGUUGUGUCUUGGACUAGUAUGAUUGAUGGGUAUUGUAGUAAUGGUGAUGUGGAGGAAGCUAGGUUGCUAUUUGACGCCAUGCCUGAACGAAAUUUGUAUUCUUGGAAUGUGAUGAUUGGUGGAUAUUGUCAGAAUAAACAGCCCCACGAGGCAAUGAGAUUGUUUCAUGAAUUGCUGACCGAGAAAGUGUUUGAUCCUGAUGAUGUUACUGCUGUUAGUGUUCUUCCAGCAAUUGCUGAUUUGGGUGCUCUGGAUAUGGGGAAUUGGGUAUAUGAGUUCGUGAAGCGGAAGAAGCUGGAUAGAUCUUCAAAUGUUUGCACAGCACUGAUUGAUAUGUAUGCUAAAUGUGGGGAAAUUGAUAAGGCAAGAUGGGUUUUUGACGAGGUGCAACACAGA